CAGUAACAUCAGUGAGAGGUACUCUUGGAUAAAUCUCUACAUGACAUGGAACAAAGCCCAGCAGUUCUGUCGCGUCAACUACACAGACCUGGUCAGCAUAAGAAAUGAAGGUGAAAAUGUGGAAAUAAUGAAGAAAGCACAAGGCAGUCCCUUCUGGAUCGGUCUGUUCAAUGACCCAUGGAAGUGGUCUGAUGGUGCACAGUCAAAAUUUAAAAAAUGGAAAAAUUGGGAACCAAAUAAUUGGAAUCUUAAUGAAAAAUGUGUGGAGAUUAGGCCAGAUGGAACUUGGAAUGAUGCUGAUUGCAGUUUACAAAAACAAUUUAUUUGUUCACAAACUUUGGUGGAUAAAAGGAUUAUGAUGAGAGUCCGUAUUGAUGUACAGAAUGGGCUGAAACCCGAGGAUCCAAAAAUCAGUGAAGCCAUCUUGAAUCAGAUCAAGGAGAGUCUAUCAAAACAAAAUUUUACAGGAAAUCUUCAGUGGAAAAAGACAAAUGGAAAUAUUUUCAAUGUGCUAAAUACCAAUGAAGACAAUAACACUGGAUAGAAAUCGGUGUGCAAGUUCAUAUGGUCUACAUGCUGCUUCUACUGCUACAGCAGCACUGUUCCAAUAAAGUCAUAUCUCAGACGGCUGUAUAGUUUUAAUAAUGUACAGGAAAUGCUUGUUGUGGGGAUUUUGAAUUGACUUUAUAAUGUGAUAAUUAUAUCUGGUAAAUGAAAUAAUUAUAAUCUAUGGCAAGAUUAGCUUUAUAUUUAUUGUUGAGGGCUUUUCUGAAAAAAAAUAAAAUUAUAAUAAACACACUUAUUAUAUUAUUUAUUUAUGUUAUUGUUGUUAAUCAUUUAGUUUCUUUGUUUUCAUGUAUUUUUUGUUACUUUCCUUGUAUUUUGUGGGUGGUUCCCCAAGAGGUUGGGUCACCUGUCAAUAACUGUCAAAGGGCUGCCUUCAGCCCUACAAAGGCUGAGAGAUUCCCACAGUCCCUUGCUGUUCAUUGUAUGUGAUUAUAUAUGACUUUUAUGUUCAGAUUUAUGGAUUUCUAGAUGUUUUAACCUGCUUUGCCCAUUGCAUGACUAUUCUUGAGGAUUUGUGUUAUGAGACUGUGUUUUUUUUUCUUUUUGCGCUCAGUAAAGCUAUUUCUGUUA